CGUUUGCUCGCUUCUCCCAACCAACCAACAUAAAUAGCAAACCUUCCCCGGCCGCCGCGCCAGCCAUUGCAUGCCAUCGAUCGACCACCAACCCGCCCAAGAACCAACCACCACAGCCAUGGCCGCCGCCGUGCUCGUCGUCCUCGUCCUAGCCGUGGCCGGCGCAGCCCGUGCGGAGACGACGACGCACAUCAAGGUGUACUGGCACGACGUGGUGAGCGGGGCGAGCCCGACGGCGGUGCAGGUGGCGCGGGCGGCGACGACGAAUUCGUCGGCGAGCUUCUUCGGCGCCGUGGUGGUCAUCGACGACCCGCUGACGGAGGGCCCCGACAUGAAGAACUCGGCGCCGGUGGGCCGCGCGCAGGGCACCUACAUCAGCGCCGGCAAGGACAAGGUGGCGCUGCUCAUGAACAUGAACUUCGUCUUCCAGUCCGGCAGGUACAACGGCAGCACCGUCGCCAUCAUGGGCCGCAACGAGGUCUUCUCCGCCGUCCGCGAGAUGGCCAUCGUCGGCGGCACCGGCGUGUUCAGGUGGGCGCAAGGCUACGCCCAGGCCAGGACGCACACCCUCGACAUGAAGACCGGCGACGCCACCGUCGAGUACAACCUCUACAUCAAGCAUUGAUCCACACUCAUUGUAUACUACUGCCUGUACCGCUCGCCAUUGUAUUUCUUGUAUACUACUGCCUCUCGACUUUUUAUAUCAAAUUUUCAAAUGAAUAGUUAUAUAUAUAUAAAAAUAAAAAAAUUAGGAGUGCAUACAGCAUUUGCAAGUUAGUUUGUGAGAACUAUAUGUAUGUGUAGGAGUGUCAAAGCGUUAUCACCUCUCUUGGAGGCCACACACAUGUAUUAUCGGAAUUUUUCUAUGGAUCCGUAUAUUGAUUAAA